AUGGCUUUAUCCUUAUCUCAAAAUUCAAUUUUCCUAUCUUCAAUAGAAUUACUUCCUACUGAAGUAUUGAUUUUAAUUUUUUCUAAAAUUGACUGGAGAAAUCUUUUUAAUAUUAAAAAAGUAUGUAAAGUAUUUUAUACAGUUAUAGAAAAUAAUUUAAAAUUUCUUCAAAAACCAAGAUUAAGAAAAUUAUUAAUUAAUAGUAUCACUGAAAAUGAUAAUAUAUGUAAAACUAUAUUUACAUUUGAAUAUGAUAAGAAUAAAAAAAUAAGUAUCAAUAAUUUUAAUGUUAAUCUUUCAAAGACAGAAAAAAAAAUUUAUGAAGUUGAAUAUUUAUUGGGAAAGAUGGAUUUUGAUAAUAUUGAUGAAAUUAAUAUAAAUAUUCAUGGAAAUACAAUAAUUUUUGACAUUCUUAAUUGUCAUUUACCAUCAAAUUUAAAAAUAGAAGAGUUACAUAUUAAGAUUAAAAAUUCCCCUAUAUUUGAAGGUUUUAUUAAAUUUAUUGAAAAAAUAAAAUAUUUAAAUACUAUGAACCUAAAACAUUUAUGUUUUGGAGGACAAAAGAUACCCUUUAAUUAUAUAUUCCCUAAAAUUAAUGGUAUAGAACAACUUUAUGUCAAGGAGUGUUCAAAAACAAAAUUUUUCAACAUAAAAAUGUUUGAAAAUUUAUUUUUUUCAAGUGAAAAUCUUAGUCAAUUUGCAAUUUUUUCAGAAAUAAUGAACAUCGAGUUUAGUGUGAUUGAUGCUAUUAGAAAAAAACAAGAUUUUGAACAUAAAGAAAAGUGCAAACAGGUAUAUUAUAGUAUUGUUUUACCUUAUCGUAUUGCAAUGUAUACAUUUGAAAAACUUAAAAAUCACUAUAAAGAAAAUACAUUGACAUUUGAUGAAGAUUUAAAAAUUCAUGAUAGUAUUUAUGUCUCAACAGAAUGUAGAAAAUGUCAAACUGUUGAUUAUAUUCAUUUUGUAUAUUAUAGACCAGAAUUUUAUUGGGAAAGUUGUUGUUAA